AUGGAUGGAUAUAUAUGUUGGUUCACAAUUGUAUCUGUACAACGUGCUUUUUUCCCCUUGUUUUAUCUUGAGAUAUUCGAGGUUGUUGAGUCUCAAAGAUGGAGAUGUGAAGUGAAACAAAACAUGGGGUUAGCUGCAGUCGGAACCUAGAGAAUUUAAUACCCCGAACUACUAGUACUUACUACUAUAUAUAAAUGUAUGGAGGGUGUUGGUCGGAUAAGCGGUGAUUGCUACAGUGGCUCCACAUGGGGGCCACUGGCCACUGCAUUCUCGAUCAGAGGGGGUUGGUUCUCCAAUGUUAGCAAUGGGUGUGCGAUCAAGAGUGUAUCGGAUGAUAGAUCCAGACCAAUGGGAUUGUCGAUGGGGACUGUUAGAGAUGGUGUAUGGGUUGCAUGGGAGUAUAUGCAAAGUGGGUACCUGGGUACACUUCAUCCAAGGGGACUGAUGACUGAGGUUCUAGUAAUUCAUAAGAUACAGUGUAGCACUUUCGCUCCUAAGCGUUUCUUAUUACUGAACAACAGCUCCUUUGAUGGUCCGGAUUUCUGUCUACUCCGACCUCCUUGGCUUCGAUAUAUAGGGGAAGGCAGCCCGACUCGCCAUGCGAAGGCGGGUGUGAUACUAUCGCGAGACACUUUAAGGCCCGUGAGCUGCAUAGUCAGUUUAGUGAAAGAGUUAAUGUUACUUGAUGCGCUAGACGUUUUUUGGAGCCAGGAAAGGCGCAUCUUCUAACUCAGAAGAGGGAAUUGCUUGCGGUGUGCUGAUUUCAGUGCAGUGCAGUGGUUAACUCAUCCAACAGGCCCAUCUCGAACCGAUACCCGCUGGACGCGACAGGGUUAGUAAGUAGGGU